CAAUUACAACCUACAUUUACUACAAUGCCAAAGUUAGUUUUAGUCAGACACGGUCAAUCCGAAUGGAACGAAAAGAACUUGUUCACAGGUUGGGUGGAUGUUCGUUUAUCUGAGACUGGUGAAAAGGAAGCCAAGAGAGCCGGUGAAUUGUUGAAGGAAGCUGGUAUUGUUGCUGACAUCUUGUACACCUCCAAGUUGUCCAGAGCCAUCCAGACUGCCAACAUUGCUCUUGAGUCUGCUGACCAAUUGUACAUUCCUGUCAAGAGAUCGUGGAGAUUGAACGAAAGACACUACGGUGCCUUGCAAGGAAAGGACAAGGCCCAGACCUUGGAAACCUACGGUAAAGAACAAUUCCAGACCUGGAGAAGAUCUUUCGAUGUUCCACCUCCACCAAUUGAAGACGAUUCUGAAUUCUCGCAAUUUGGUGAUGUCAGAUACAAGGAAAUCGACCCAGCUGUCUUGCCAAAGACCGAAUCCUUGGCUUUGGUCAUUGACAGAUUGUUGCCAUACUGGCAAGACGAAAUUGCCGGUGACUUGUUGGAUGGCAAGACCGUCUUGAUUGCUGCCCACGGUAACUCCUUGAGAGCCUUGGUCAAGCACUUGGACAAGAUCUCCGACGAAGAGAUUGCUGGCUUGAACAUUCCAACCGGUAUCCCAUUGGUUUACGAAUUGGACGAAAAGUUGCAACCAACCAAGCCAGCUUACUACUUGGACCCAGAAGCUGCUGCUGCCGGUGCUGCUGCCGUUGCUGCCCAAGGUACCAAGAAGUAACCUGACAAAUUAGUAGAGAGUUGAAUGUAGACCUAUAAUUGAUUUGUAGACAAAUAUAUGAGGUUACUACUG